UGCGCCCGGGGGCGGAAGUGUAGGUGGGCGGUCACGGUCCGGGAGUUGCCGGGGACCUGGCGGCGUUCUCGCCCUGGCGGAGUCCUGCUAGAGCUCUCGGUGGUCGGGUCCCCAGUGGCGGCAGGCUGGCUGGAGAGGGUGCCAUAAUUAGUUAUCUUCUGACUCACUGGUCACAAGUCGCAGCUGGUCCGGAAUCCCAAGCUGUACAAACUACCCCCCUACUCACGCCUCCUCACCCGAUGCGUCUGCUUCGCUGCCGCGAUGCUGAGAUUGCUUAUAUAGCUAGAUCAUCAGUUUGCUCCGUCAAGCGUUAUGUCUCGAUCACGACAGCCUCCACUCGUGACAGGCAUCUCUCCCAAUGAAGGAAUACCGUGGACAAAGGUCACCAUUAGAGGAGAGAACCUGGGAAUUGGGCCAACUGACCUCAUAGGUUUGACAAUAUGUGGACAUAAUUGCCUCCUGACUGCAGAAUGGAUGUCUUCAAGUAAAAUUGUUUGUCGAGUGGGACAAGCCAAAAAUGACAAAGGAGACAUCAUUGUCACAACCAAGUCGGGUGGCAGAGGAACCUCAACAGUUUCUUUCAAGCUUCUCAAACCUGAAAAAAUAGGCAUCUUGGAUCAAUCUGCUGUCUGGGUUGAUGAAGUGAAUUACUAUGAUAUGCGUACUGACAGGAAUAAAGGAAUUCCCCCCUUGUCCCUGCGUCCUGCUAAUCCACUGGGCAUUGAGAUCGAAAAAAGCAAAUUUCCUCAGAAGGACUUAGAAAUGCUUUUCCAUGGAAUGAGUGCUGAUUUUACAAGUGAGAAUUUUUCAGCUGCCUGGUAUCUUAUAGAAAACCACUCAACCACCAGUUUUGAACAGCUCAAAAUGGCAGUCAGCAACCUGAAGAAGCAGGCUAACAAGAAGAAUGAAGGCAGCCUAGCAUACGUGAAAGGAGGUCUGAGUACUUUCUUUGAGGCACAGGAUGCCCUCUCAGCUAUCCAUCAAAAACUGGAAGCGGAUGGAACAGAAAAAGUAGAAGGAUCCAUGACGCAAAAACUGGAGAAUGUUCUGAACAGAGCAAGUAAUACUGCAGACACAUUAUUUCAAGAAGUAUUAGGUAGAAAGGACAAGGCAGAUUCCACCAGAAAUGCACUGAAUGUGCUUCAGCGAUUUAAGUUUCUUUUCAACCUUCCUCUGAAUAUUGAAAGGAAUAUACAAAAGGGUGAUUAUGAUGUGGUUAUUAAUGAUUAUGAAAAAGCCAAAUCACUCUUUGGGAAAACAGAGGUGCAAGUUUUCAAGAAAUAUUAUGCUGAGGUAGAAACACGAAUUGAAGCUUUAAGAGAAUUACUCCUGGAUAAAUUGCUUGAGACACCAUCAACCUUUCAUGACCAAAAACGUUAUAUAAGGUACCUGUGUGACCUCCAUGCAUCUGGGGACCCUGCGUGGCAGUGUAUUGGAGCCCAACACAAGUGGAUCCUUCAGCUCAUGCACAGCUGCAAAGAGGGCUACAUCAAAGACCUAAAAGGUAAUCCAAGCCUGCACAGUCCUAUGUUGGAUCUUGAUAAUGAUGUGCGUCCCUCCGUCUUGGGUCAUCUUAGUCAGACAGCAUCACUGAAGAGGGGCAGUAGCUUUCAGUCUGGACGAGAUGACACAUGGAGAUACAAAACUCCACACCGCGUGGCAUUUGUUGAAAAACUGACCAAGCUUGUUUUAAGCCAACUGCCUAACUUCUGGAAGCUUUGGAUUUCAUAUGUUAAUGGAAGCCUUUUCAGUGAGACUGCUGAGAAGUCAGGCCAGAUUGAAAGAUCAAAGAAUGCCAGGCAAAGACAAAAUGAUUUUAAGAAAAUGAUUCAGGAAAUAAUGCACUCUCUGGUCAAGUUGAUCCGUGGAGCCUUGCUCCCACACAGCAUCAGAGAAGCAGAAGUAAGGCAGUACGGGGGCUGGGAGGUGAGGGCCGACCUCCCUGGAGAGUGGCUUGCCCAUGUCGUCCAGACUGGAAGGCUCACUUACGAGUCAUUGACUGCCCUCGAAAUCCCUAAUGACGUGUUACAGACCACCCAGGACCUCAUUCUGGAUCUCCGCGAACGCUGUGUGAUGGUCACACUGCAGCGCACAGCGGAAGAAAUAAAGAGAUUAGCUGAAAAAGAAGACUGGAUUGUCGAUAAUGAAGGACUGACUUCUCUACCGUGUCAGUUUGAACAGUGCAUCAUACAUUCUCUGCAGUCUCUGAAAGGUGUUCUAGAAUGCAAGCCUGGAGAAGCCAGUGUCUUUCAACAGCCUAAAGCACAGGAGGAGGUUUGCCAGCUAAGCAUCAAUAUCAUGCAGGUUUUUAUACACUGUCUGGAACAAUUGAGCACCAAGCCUGAUGCAGAUAUAGAUACUACACAUCUGUCCAUGGAUGUUUCUUCUCCUGAUUUGUUUGGAAGUAUCCAUGAAGACUUCAGUUUGACUUCUGAACAGCGACUUUUGAUAGUCCUGAGUAAUUGCUGCUAUCUGGAAUGCCACACCUUCCUAAAUAUAGCAGAACAGUUUGAAAAGCACAGCUUCCAGGGAAUUGAAAAAAUAACGCAGAUUAGCAUGGCAUCAUUGAGAGAACUGGACCAAAGGCUCUUUGAAAAUUACAUUGAGUUGAAAGCAGAUCCCAUCGUUGGCUCCUUAGAACCUGGAAUUUAUGCAGGCUAUUUUGAUUGGAAAGACUGCCUGCCUCCUACAGGUGUCAGAAACUAUCUAAAAGAAGCGUUGGUGAAUAUAAUUGCAGUGCAUGCAGAGGUGUUUACUAUUUCCAAAGAAUUGGUGCCACGGGUACUAACCAAGGUGGUGGAAGCUGUUUCUGAAGAGCUAAGUCGACUGAUGCAGUGUGUUUCGUCAUUCAGCAAAAAUGGAGCAUUACAGGCGAGGCUUGAAAUCUGUGCAUUAAGGGAUACAGUGGCCGUUUACCUGACUCCUGAAAGCAAGUCUAGUUUUAAACAAGCUUUGGAAGCCCUGCCUCAGCUCUCAAGUGGUGCAGAUAAAAAGUCACUGGAAGAGCUUCUGAACAAGUUCAAGAGCAGUAUGCACUUGCAACUUGCCUGCUUCCAGGCUGCUUCUUCAACCAUGAUGAAAACAUAAAAAUAUGCAAAAUAAGGGCAGUCUGGAAAGAUAACAAGUAAUAAAACUGUUAACCUUCUUGAAUGCCCUUAAAGUAUUUGGUGUAUAAAGCAUUGUGUUUGCGAUUGUUCUUUUUUUUCUGAAUUGGUAGCUUAAAAAGAUGUUGAUGUAUGUUUUCUUUUAACCAAAAUGACCUUAUUUGAAAUGCCCUGGCAGUACUUGCUUAGUCAUCUUUAUUGGAUUAGGUCCAGCAUGACUGCAGCACCUCUUACAGUGUGUUAUAUCUUAGCUAUCUGUCGUGUGGAGACUAAUGCAGGAAGGGUCACUUUAUCAGGGAGUAUUUUGAGACGGCGUGCCCUCUGUGACAAAGCAUUUCUCAUUGUCUCAACUUCUGGACUUUUUGUUUCAGCAGCUUCCAAAACACAUGAAAAGACUAAUAAGAAAUUUGGAAAGUUGUUAAUUUACACAUCUGUUCUAAACUGUAUGGCUGCACUUAAAAUCUGUCUCAUGCAAAUUACUGUAAAUCACUUAAUUCAAGUGAGGUUUUGGAAAAAUUUGCAACCUGAAUAAAAUGUCAUAUUUGGGGUAGAUUAUUUGUUUUCCAGAUGUCCAUGAAUUAACUUUGCAUUUUGUUGUCUAAUUUUUAUUUUUCACAGUGUUGAACAUUAAGCACCUUCUUCAGCAUAGCUUUUUUUGUUCUCAAUUCACUUCUUAAUUAGACUUUUGUCACUUCAUUGUCAUGGAUGUGUAUGCUUGUCCCUGGGGACCUGCACAUCCUGUCACUGCAUUUGCAUACCUGGUGCUAAGUGAUAUCGAUAAGCUUUAUUGGCAGUAGCUGCGAUCUUCAUAUGUCCUACAGCCAAGCCUGGCCUUUCAUGGCUUACGCUCCCAUUACUGCUGCACCUCCCUUAUCAGUUGGCUGCUUUCCCUCCAGCAGCUGAUUUUCUAACACUUCUUACUCUCUCUCUGAGUGACUUGCUCAGUAGCCGAAAGAAUGCUGGUCUGGCAACAGCCUGUGUUUUCUGAAGAUGCAAAGAAAGCUCCUCAGUUGCCAGGCAGUAAAAGCUGCAGAUGGAGCCUUGUAUGUUUGUCCUACAUUCACUGGUGACUUCGUUUACUGGAAUAGGUUCAGGUCACCAUGACCUCUUUGAAAGGGCACUCCCCCCACCUAACCUUAUCACACCAUUUGCAUCAGAAAUUUGAGUAAUUUCUCUCUUUGUAGUCUACUUGUCAAGGACUCCAAGAUUUUCUGUGGGUGUCAGAGAAUCCCCUUUUUCAAGGGGAUUAAUGUUUUUAAUAUUACAAGGAAUUUUAGAGCACAGUGUAGCCAUAUACAGUGUCCAUUGUUUGAAGGAAGUAAAUGCUGUUGUCUUCAUUCAUUUAGUGUAUAGUGGGGGAAUCAUAGUAGCUGGAAGUGAAAGUUUAUAAUCUUGUGCAAAUGUGGUUCAUAAAGCAUAUUAAGCAAUACAGGGAAUAUUGUCUCUCCUAAGCAUGCUAACCAUUGUAAUCUAACGUGACUAUGAACUAAAUUACAAAUCUGCAAUCCUGAAUGUAUGCAUUAUUUUAAAUAUCUAUUACAGGGGAUUCAGCCAAUAAAGAAGCUGUCUUCAGUGUAAGAUUUAAUUUAGUUAACUUUUUCCCCUAAGCAUCUUUAGUUUAACAUAUUUCCAUUAACUGUAACUUUUUAUAUGUCUAGUUUAAACACUCAAAAUAAAUACUUAAAUUUGGCUUUA